GGAGCUUUGACAAUUAUCUCAAUUCCACUCCCCGCCAAUUUUCAUACUUUGUAAUUCUCUUCUUCUUCUUCUCUCCAAAUCCCGUUAGCAAUCUCUAUAACAUGAACAAGAACUGUCUGGAGAUCGAGCGGAGAAUCCUCCGCCUCCUUCACGGCGAAAAAUCCCGAACCCAUCUCACUGAAAUCCACGCCCACUUCCUCCGCCAUGGCCUCCACCAAUCCAACCAAAUCCUCGCCCAUUUCAUCUCCAUUUGCGCCGCUUUCAAUCACAUUUCCUAUGCCAGUCGCCUCUUUUCACAAUCCCAUAACCCCAACAUCUUCCUCUUCAAUUCCAUCAUCAAAGCCCACUCCCUCUGCCCCCCCUUCCAACAAUCCCUUCUCCUGUUUUCCUCUAUGAAGAAUCACAGGAUUGUUCCUGACGAGUACACUUUUGCGCCGCUGCUUAAAUCCUGUGCGAAUCUUCGUGAGUAUAGUCUUGGUCAGUGUGUGAUUGCUGAAGUUUUGCGUCGUGGGUUUUACUGUUUUGGGUCUAUUCGUAUUGGGGUUGUUGAGUUGUAUGUUUGUUGUGAAAGGAUGGAGGAUGCGCGGAAGGUGUUUGAUGAAAUGCCUCAUAGGGAUGUGGUUGUUUGGAACUUGAUGAUUCGUGGGUUUUGCAAGAUGGGUAAUGUUGAUUUUGGCUUGUAUCUCUUUAGGCAAAUGAAUGAACGUAGCCUAAUUUCUUGGAACACUAUGUUAUCCUGUUUAGCUCAAAGUAGAUGCGAUGCUGAAGCUUUGGAACUCUUUCAACAGAUGGAAGAAUGUGGUUUUAAACCUGAUGAGGUUACUGUGGUCACAAUGUUGCCUGUAUGUUCUCGUUUGGGAGCUCUUGAUGUUGGACAAAGAAUCCAUAAUUAUGCAAGUUCUAAGGGAGAUAUGGUAGAUAAUACAACCAUUGGGAAUUCGCUUGUCGAUUUUUACUGUAAAUGUGGGAAUGUAGAAAGGGCUUACAACAUUUUUCAGAAAAUGACUUGCAAAAGUGUUGUCUCUUGGAAUACAAUGAUUUUGGGUUUUGCUUUAAAUGGGAAUGGGGAAUUUGCUAUUGACCUUUUUAUGAAGAUGGGAAAAGAGGAUGUGAAGCCUAAUGAUGCAACAUUUGUAGCUGUCUUGACCGCUUGUGUUCACUCGGGAUUGUUAGAAAAGGGUCGAGAGCUAUUUUCUUCAAUGGCUGAUAAGUAUGAAAUCCAGCCAAAACUCGAACAUUUUGGUUGUAUGGUUGAUCUUUUGGGACGUGGUGGAUGUUUGGAGGAGGCUCAUAACUUGAUUAAAAGCAUGCCAAUGCAACCAAAUGCCACUUUAUGGGGUGCUUUGCUUGGCGCUUGCCGAACUCAUGGUAACUUGAAACUUGCAGAAAUGGCAGUGAAAGAGCUUUCCAGUCUUGAACCAUGGAACUCUGGUAAUUAUGUAUUGUUGUCAAAUAUGUUGGCAGAAGAAGGAAGAUGGGAAGAUGUUGAGAAUGUCAGACGUUGGAUGAAAGGAAAGAGCGUCAAGAAAGCACCUGGACAGAGUGCAAGUGGGUAACUAUUAAUCUUGAUACUUAUACCUCUUCAAUGGGUUGUAACAUACAGGCCUUGAGUUCGGUUCAAGCCAUAAUGUUGAAAAUAUCUGUUGAAUUAGAUUGGAGUUCAGCAUUUUCAGCCAUCUCGACCUGCACUGCUCCAACGUGCUUAGUAAUGCAUAAACUCUAAAGCGAAAGUAGUCAUUGACUAUGGAUUCCUCUCAAUUCGUAUGCCGAACUUGUCUCAAUCAAAUGGAAGAGAAGAGAAACCUCUAUGGAAAUUGGAAUCCCUUCUCUAGUCCAUGUUUAAGUUAGACAUGGUAAAGCUUCUAGUGCUGUUUCAUGCUAAGUACAAAGCUUUUACCUUCGAGAUCCACUGGAUUGUUUCUCUAUAGAAGAUUGAUCUCAGAGGCUCAAGAGUCAAGAAGGGUAAGUAAGAAAGAAGAAGAGCAAGAAGUAAAUGGGAACACGUUCUUACAUGUAAAAAAGAAGUUUCCUCGUUGAAACUUCAAACUUUGACCCAGAAUGUAAUGGAUUGGUACUUUGUAGAGUUCAAUAAGUAGACUUUUAAUUUUCA